AUGUCAGCAGCUUCCAGCCAAGCUAAAGUGCGGACACCGACAGAGCAGCGUCAGGUACACUACAUCUCUGAUAAUGUGUACACACUCGGAACGCUCAGUUGCGCCGUCUGUGGCCAGGCUUUCCCGAUCCACACGAACGCGUGGCAGCGCAGCACGUGCGACUGGUGCGGAACGCUGCAUGAGCCAGGCACGUACUCGGCGUUUCAGCAACAUCUUCGCACCUCGCGUGGGACAAGCGGUGGUAUUCAAACGAGCAACAAGGUGUGCUCUCUGGACACCAGCGCGGCUCUCUUUUUCACCGAGAAGGAAGUGGGUGCUGCAGUGGAACACAUUCGCCAGACCCUAGGUGACACAGCCGGUGCUGGUGGCUCCUCAUUCUUUGGAGCGGCGCCCGGCUCCACGGGCGGAGUCACACGUGCCGGGGUUACCGAGGUGGACAAUCGCAUUAUCGAGGAAUCCUUCUGCGAGACGUGCGGUAUCCACCGCUCUUGUAAAACCUUUGCCCGGCAAACGCGCAGCGCUGAUGAGGGUCAGACCAUUUUCUUCCAGUGCACUGAGUGCGGUUCGGAGUGGCAGCAGAACUCCUAA